UCUCGGUUCGGUCGUGUUUUGCAAAGUAUUCUCGCGUGUGAAACCGCAUGAAAACCCCGUGCAUGUUGCGCGUCCCCCAUUCCUUACUGCAAAUGUGUAUGUGAAUUUUACCCCCCUUUCCCACCCAAGGGAAAAGAGUGUUCCGUGUAUGUGUGUGCUGCCCGUGCCCGUUCAAAGAUCCAAAAUGUUGUGAUGUAGUGAAGAGCAAGAAUAUUGUGAGUUUUUAUUUCGAAUGGAAUAUAAAAAUACAACAAGAAGGGAUACACAGAAGAGAAGAAAAAGGGAUACAAGGAGCGCGCUUGAAGAAGAGGGAGCAACAGAAGUGUGUGAAGAGUUUUCGGGAGGAGAACACGAAGGUUGGCCAAAAGCAAGUGAUGUGUAAAAAUUUGCUGUCCGUCCACCUUUUCCACCACGAUGGGAAAGUCAAAAUUUCCCGGUAAACCGUCGCGUUUGGUGAACAAGAAGCGCGUUUCGGUCCUGUCCGGUGCUGGCUUGAAUACGCUUGCCAGCGGUGGCAGCAGCGAUGAGGAUAAUAAUCAGCAUCAGCAGCAGGAAAAUUCGACGACGGAAAAGUCGAAUCAAUCACUAAUACAAUCGCAGCAGCACCAACAACAACAAAAACAGAAUCAGCAGCCGUCAGCGAAGGCAUCAACGUUAUUAGACAAUGAAGAAAUUGAUCAAGAUGGCGAUGAUGAUGUUAGUAAGCGUGCUGCCGACGGCUCGGAAAACGGCGAAGAUGAUGAGGAGGAUGAAGACGAUGACGAUGAUGACGAUGACGAUGAUGACGAGGACGAAGACGAUGAUGAAGAUGACGACGAAGAUGAAGACGAUCACGAAGGAGCCGGUGACGAUGACGAUCAAAACAAAAAGAACGAUAGCGAAGAGCAAAAGAGCGACAAGCAGCCAUCCGUCCGAAGUGAUGAUGACGAAUGUCCUCUGAAUGGUGUUGAAGCCAAAGCCACCAACAACGAAAAAUCGUCUCCGCCGCCGCCGCCGCCAUCAUCGUCAACCGGAAAUAGCUUCGAAAUGAAACCAUCCUCGCUCUCAGCCAUCGGCUCUUCGCUGGGUAAAACAUCAGCCAAAGUUUCAGAGUCAUCCCAGUCUUCACCAGGCAGUUCUUCAGCCAUGACCAGUUCCUCGGCGACCAGUGAAAAUCCUGCUCCAAGUGCACCCGAUCCUACCUCCUCCGAUGCAACGCCGCCACCGAAACCGAAAAAGAAAUCGGUAACGUUCCAUACCACGCUGGAAACCACGGACGAAAAUAUCGUCAAAAAAGUGUACAAUCCUAGCACCGUACCUCUAACACCGAUCAUCAAGAAAGAAUGCCUGGCACGGCCCAUUCGGCUGAAGAAAAGCUUCAACCGGAAGAUGAAGAAGCGAUUGCAGCGGUUGGCGAUGCAAGCCGCAGCAGCUUCUUCAAAAUCGGAAUGCAUCCUACGGCCGUCCCUUCUGUCGGGAGUAGUGCAGAAGUCUAGCACCUCCUCGGCGGAACAAACGUCCAGCAGCUUUUCGGCCGGAUCCAGUGGAAGCCUAGCAGCUUCGGGUGAAGCAAUCGCUGCAUCCGCUGCAGCUGCUGCAGCAGCCGCAACAACAGCACCAUCUUCAGCAUCCCCGCAGGAAACGGGGAGUGAAACUACAGAGGCUCGCAAUCUCGAAAGCGGUGGUACCCAGUUUGGUGACAAGCGGUUUAUCCUACCGAAACGAAGUGCUCAUUCUAGUCGUGUGAUUAAGCCCAACAAACGGUUCCUGGAUGAAUUCGAGUUGGAAAUUAAGAAGAAGAACAAGGCGGCAGCUGCGGCUGCCGCCGCUGUGGCACCGGCUUCCGGCGACAGUGGUAAAAGUGGUGUAGGGAAGAUUUCCGGCAACGAUAAUUCCGGUGGUGAUAAAGUGUCGAAGAAUGAUGUGAAUCUAAAGGGAGAGACGGAAGAAAGUGUGACACCCGGUGAAGAAGAACGGAACGCUGAGAAGAGUGACGACGGGAAGAAGAAACGGGACAAGGUUAAAAAGGAUGCUGAGGAAGCGAGUCGGAAAGUGACGCCGAAGGCGGAUGGAAAAGAAUCGUCGGAUCCAGCUACGGACGACGGCGAGCAGCCUGCACGUCCACCGAGCAGCAUCAACAAUCCGUUCGCGAAAACCAGCCUCCUUGACGGUGGCCUUUCCGCGGUCGCCGGCAACGGCAACAACCCAAAGCUGGUUAAACCAUCUGCUCUCUCCGCGUCUACCGCCUCAUCUAGUCUACUGUCCAACGCAGCGGCGUCCAGCCUUGCGUCCGCGACGUCCAUCUUCGGCAAAAGUAUUCUCCGGCAGCCCAGGCUUCAGUUUACCACCUCGCUUCUAAACUCAAAUCCGUUGGCAUCGUCCGGAACAGCCGCCAGCAGUGGAAGCAGCACUAAUGCGGCUCCGUCUGCACCGUCUUCAUCUCUCGUGCCAUCAGCUGUAACGGAAGGCCCCUUUUCUCUACAUCUCAAGCCCGGUGCCAAACUGGACUCGUCCAAAAUCUUCUCCAGUGCACUAACGGCUGCUGCGGUUCCUUCUGCGCCGGCAACGCCCUCAUCUUCCGUACCUAAUUGCAGUAUUUGUGGAAUAGCAUCCAACACUCGGUAUUAUCAACAGGCUACGAAAAAGUUCGGCGUCGGUUGUUGCGAUGUCUGUAGAAAGUUCAUUUCCAAGAUGAUCAAAAAACUGGCCAGCUCAUCGAGUCCUACCAACAGCCACGUAUCGAUGAAGUGUAAAAACGAAGGAAAGUGCUCGAUUGGACCCCCAAUGUUGACCCGAACGGAUCACGCCAAGACGAGGCACAUAUUCAAGGAACGAUGCCAUGCAUGCUGGCUGCGGAAGUGUUUGGGUAGUUUCCAACUGCCGCCGGUUCUAAAGAUUCGGUUAACGCAGACACUUCCGGUGAGCCUCCGACAAGUAGAAGCAGCCAAUGGCAACUCGAAUACUAAUUCCACUAAAAAGGAACCGGUAGAGAAUAAUAUCUUUUCGAACAGUCUGGUCAGUGGUCUGAGCUCUCGAAUACUCUGGAAUACGUCGGGUAUGGAAAAACCUGAAUUUGCCGCCAAAACGAAUACAUUCUUGUCGCUGGCGAACCCAUUAGCACAAAACAAUAACACCUUCGGUAGCCUACCACCGAUCAAGCUUAAUAUACCGGAUAAAUCUUCGAUUUUGGCCCCGAGUGCACUGGCCAGUCCUAAGGGUAAUAAAAGUCCUUCAAUCUCGAAAGAAGAGGUUACUCUGCCAAGUAACGAAAAGAAGGAUAAGGAGCUAUCUGAAGUAGAUGAUGCUUCUGCCAAAAGCAUCAGAACAAGGAGUAAGACUGAAGCCGCGGCUGUUACCAGUGCUUCUGCAGUUUCGGCAGUUGCCACUGCAACCACGACUGUUGCAACAUCUGCGACUGUGGUACCUACAACUGCGGCAACAGCAACAACCAGCAUUAGUUCCACAACCGCCACCACCACCAGCACCAGUACUAUUCCAGCAGCAUCUACAACGGCACCCACAGACAAACGACAACGAAUAGAUCUGAAAGGUCCUCGCGUGAAACACGUCUGCCGAAGCGCUUCCAUCGUACUGGGUCAACCGUUGGCCACCUUCCCGGAUGACGCAACAGCACUCGAGAAUAUUGAAACGCCUCCCAGCGAAUGCGUAGCGGAUGUGGUGGACGAUCUGGCUUCCAACUUGGAGACGCUAAUCGAUGCGGCAGUCUCCCAACCUAGUGAGGAAUCUCAACCGCCACCAUCGUGCGCGGAGUGCAAGCAACCGGACGAGUUGACGUUGUCGCCACCGGCCACUCCAGCCGAUAUGGAUACCAGUGGAUCAACCGAGAAGGACCUGGUCAUUGAUGAGGAUCAACUUCCGGAAUCGAUUUCCAGCACUCCGACCAAGGAAGUGGAAAUUGUUAGGCCUCCAACUCCACCUCCAACGGUGGUAAAGGUUGAAGUGGAAGUCCGAGAGAAAGAAGUCGCUGUCAGGAAGAUGGAAGAAAUCGAGCGACCAACUACUCGAAAAGCUACGUCCUCCAUUCGGCCGCAGGUGCUCAAGCAGAACAUUAACGCUAUCACGAAGAGUUUCAAUACGAACAUCCGAACGGCUGGAGGACAGCAAAUCACUCCGGAGGCUCCAAGCGUGCCACUGAUUUCAAUCGAUUUCUGGGAAAACUACGACCCGGCAGAAGUCAGUCGAACGGGAUUUGGUUUGAUUCUUUCGGAAGAAAUCCCGAUCAAAGCGCUGUGCUUCCUGUGUGGCAGUUCCGGGCUGGACGAGAUGCUGUUUUGUGUCUGUUGUUGUGAACCGUACCAUCAGUAUUGCGUGAAAGACGAGUAUAACAUUCGACAGGUUUCGCUGGAUGAUACCAAUGUGAGCUUGCUGGAGCUAACCAGUACUACGUUGAUUGCGGGAAGUUCUCCUCAGCAGCAAGCGCUGAACCGGUUCAACUGGAUGUGUCCACGGUGUACGGUGUGCUAUACGUGUAAUAUGGCGACUGGGAGUAAGGUCAAGUGUCAAAAGUGUGGAAAGAACUACCAUACGACAUGUUUGGGAACGAGCAAGCGAUUGCUAGGGGCGGAUCGACCGCUAAUCUGUGCCGCUUGUUUGAAGUGCAAAAGUUGUUCGACGACCAAUGUGACAAAGUUUAUUGGUAAUCUACCGAUGUGUACUCCGUGUUUCCGGUUGAGACAGAAGGGUAACUUUUGUCCACUUUGUCAAAGGUGCUAUGAGGAUAAUGAUUUCGAUCUGAAGAUGAUGGAAUGUGGCGAUUGUAAGCGGUGGGUUCAUGCCAAGUGUGAAGGUCUAACGGAUGAACAGUACAACAUGUUGAGUGCCCUGCCGGAGAACAUUGAGUUCAUCUGCAAGAAAUGCGGUAAGAACAAUGAAUGUGCUAACGUCUGGAGGGAUGCGGUGGCAGGGGAGUUUAAGGCCGGUCUGCUCAGUGUAGUGAAGUUGCUUAGUAAAAGUAGGCAAGCAUGCGCUCUACUGAAGCUAAGCCCUCGGAAGAAGACCAACAACUGCACCUGUUCCAUAAGUACUGGAAAAAGUAUAUCCUUUUAUGGAUACGGCUCUGGCAAAGAAGAUGGGAGCUUCGCUGCUAAGAAAGCGAAACUGGACGAAGAUUCGAUUUACGAUUUCAACAGCGAAAACAGUAGCAGCAAUUCGAGUUUUCCACCGACCACCAAGUGCUACUGUUCGGUGAGGCCUGCGAAGCCUUCGGAUAUAAGCCUGGUGGAGAUAAAGCAGAAGAUCAAUGCCAAUGAGUACUACUCGUUGCAGGACUUUAACUAUGACAUGAACACUCUCAUCAACUCGAUCGGCUCGGAGGAACUGUCGACGGCUUAUAAAGAAUUCUUGAGCGAAACAUUUCCUUGGUUUCAGAACGAAACCAAGGCCUGUACGGACGCUUUGGAAGAAGCCAUGUGCGGAGAAGAAAUGGGCGAAUACAAUCAUACUGCGGGUUUGGUUGUAGAACCAGAUCAACGAGUCCCUAGCAUCGAUAUCCCGUUGGAGGAAAUCGAUGACUAUUUCUACGAGUCAUCCGACGUCAAAGAUAACCGAACAUGCAUGUUUUGCAAACAGCCAGGUGAAGGGCUUCCACUACACGAGUCUCGACUGCUGUACUGCGGUCAGAAUAACUGGGCCCACACAAACUGUGCCCUAUGGUCCGCAGAGGUAUUUGAAGAAAUCGACGGAUCCCUGCAGAACGUCCACUCUGCCGCCUCCAGAGGCCGGCUGAUCAAAUGCUGCCAUUGCGGUGUGAAAGGUGCUACCGUUGGAUGUAACGUGAAGAACUGCGGCGAACACUACCACUUCCCAUGUGCAAGACAGAUAAACUGUACUUUCAUGCAGGACAAAACCGUCUACUGCCUGCAACAUUCCUCGGAAGCGGGUAAGAAAAAGUGUCACGCUGAGAAAAAUUUCGAGAUCAACCGAUCGGUUUACGUGGAGUUGGAUCGACGGAAAAAGAAGUAUGUCGAGCCGUCCAAGGUGCAGUUCAUGAUCGGAUCGUUGAGCGUGAAAAAAUUGGGUCACUUCGUUCCGAUGUUCAGUGAUCAUCCGGAUGCGAUCAUACCGACGGACUUUGAAUGCACUCGGCUAUACUGGAGUUCGAAGGAACCGUGGAAGAUUGUCGAGUACAGGAUUAAGACAACGAUUCAGAACAACAACUACUGCUACGGGACUGACUUUGGGAGAAAUUUUACGGUAGAUCACUCACUGAACAGCAGUUUGGUUCACUGGGGUCUGACACAAAUCUCCAAGUGGCAUAGUAGUCUGAAUAGUGAUGAGCAAGAACCGGAACCGAUGCCCAGCACUUCUGGAAUGCAGAAGGAUAGAACGAUGAAGCAGUUGCUGGAAGCGGUUGGUGGACCUGGAGACGAUACGAAUGAUGAGGAACCGCAGAAUAACAACGAUCUGUUGCCGCAGGAAAUCAAAGAUGCCAUCUUUGAAGAUAUCCCGCACGAUAUUCUAGACGGCAUCAGUAUGUUAGAUAUACUGCCCAAACUGAUGACGUACGAUGAUCUGAUCGCGAUGGAUCUAAAGAAUGAAAACAACUUCAAUGUGGAGAUCUUGAAGGAAGUAGAAGGGGUUAGCAGUAGCAGUAGCAACAGUAGCAAUGCUACCGGAGGAUCCAAAGACGACGAUAUGGACGUCGAUGAAGAUGAUAUCAAUGAAGCGAUUAGGAAGUGCACCGGGGAGUUAAGCAAUGACGGUUGGAUGAAAAGUAUAUCGCAGCCGGGAAUCGAAGACGCGUUGUUGAGUGCUAUCAAGCAACCGUCGUCCAGCCGAGAACUGAAACGCAGCAAGUCGGAUAUUCUGUCACGAGCGGUAGCAGGAGGACGCGUUGCAGGUCAACGCUCGGGAAGUUUUUCCUGGAAUUCCAAGUUCGAAUCAACCGCGGCAGUAAUGGCGAAACGACGGAAAAUGAGCAAACUCGCUGACGUGCUUUCGCUCGGUAGAAUCAAGGACGAUUCCUCUGGGAGUAUUCUAGAACGAAGGAAAUCCCUACCGAAUGAGGAAUUCACCUGGAGUGCCAGUAAGAGUAAAAGCUCCUGUGAAAGCCUGAGCGACGGAAUGAACGUUUUUGAAAAACUGAAGAUCUCGCAACUGGACGGUAUGGAUGACUUUUGUGGCGACUCGGGAGAGAUAAAAAUCUAUGCUUCAAACAUGAUGGAAGCUCCGGUCAAGUGCGAUCGCUGCCACGCCACCUAUCGGAAUCAAGAAUCCUACCAAAGGCAUUUAAACUCAUGUGAGGUACUUUCAACCAGUGAAAGCGAUUCCGAGACACGAUCGCCCAGGUUGCUCAGUCCCGAGCAGCAACAAGCACAGGUGGUUAACCAAUUUGGAGCUGGAACGUUUAUUCUACCGCAAACGUCUUCAUCUCAAACGAUUACAACCGAUAUGUAUGGGCAAAUUAAUCACAAUCAAUCAACGAAUCCCACCAUUUCUGUGAUUUCCGGUCUCAACAAUCAGACCAUCAACUUGAACAACCUAAACAAUCAAACUAUCCUCUCCAAUAUACCAUCUUCGAUGCCGAUCACGAUCAACCAGCUCCAAUCCGGCAUCCCGAUUCAAACGUCCGCAGGCACACACCACAUCCCAUUUCAAGGGACUCUCUCGAACCUGGGAGGAAACAUGAUCAUCUCCAAUCAAGGACAAAUCUUUGCUCAACCUAUGAACUUUCAGCAGUCAAUGGAUAAUCAGCAGAACUACGUACAAAACAAACAACGCUACAUCCAACCAGCUCCUUCGAAUCAUCAGCUUCAGCAAACCAUUUCUCUUGGGAACAGUUUGGUAAACACGGGAAACGGGAUAAGUAUGAUUCCCCAGCAACAGCAACAACAACAGCAAAUCAUCUCGAUAGGCCCCAAUGGCCAACCGCAGAUAGUGACGGUUACUACUCCGCAGCAUCAGCAGCAACAUGGUUCCCUAAUGCAGAACACCCAGAAGAAACAACUGAUAUUCCCUACAGUUUCACCGAAGAAACAGGUUAUGUCCAAAGUAUCACAUGGUCCAACGCCUAUCAAAGCCAAGCGCAACAACCAAACUUCGACCGCUUCAAAGAACUCCAUUCAGAUAAAAAAGCACGAGCCAAUCGCGAUUCAACAAGCCCCGACGCCCCACCAUCAAACCUACCAGACAAUUAGCCAACCAGUUUCCGGCCAACAGCAACAGCAGCAAAUCCAGCUGAUCAACACCUCCUACCCGUUGAUAAGACCAGCUAAUGCAGCUACCCCGCAGCAAGCUACAACGACAUCCGGCAAUCCCAUCAUCUUCCAACAAUCGAAUCAACCGAUCAUCGUUCAACAGGUCGGUGGCAAUCAGAUCUCAUAUGUAGCCGAUCAAAACCAAGUUCAGUAUCUGGCUCCGAACGUCCUCACGCAAAAUGGUUACACUAUGGCCACGGCCGGCGAUGGAACGCUAACGGCAUCGGCGAACAACAUCCUCAUUCCGAACGGUACCGGUGGAUACUCGAUGAUUCCUGCCAGUGCUCUACAGUUGGCAGCUCCACAACCGCAGGUCAUCGGUACCAUCAUCCAACCGCAAGCUACCACCAUUCAGUGCGGAAUGAUGUCAACGGAGCAAAUGGUACUAGGGGCAGCCGCUACACCAACCCUGGAAAUGGUUACCGAUCCAACUUCCGGGUGCAUGUACUUGACCAGUCCAUCUGUUUACUAUGGAUUAGAGACAAUAGUUCAAAAUACGGUCAUGUCUUCGCAGCAAUUUGUUUCCACCGCAAUGCAAGGAGUCUUGAGCCAGAAUUCGAGCUUUUCUGCUACAACGACCCAGGUGUUCCAAGCGAGCAAAAUUGAACCGAUCGUUGAGGUACCUACGGGCUACGUAGUACUGAACAAUGACGGUACUACUACGCAGCAAAGUUUGGCUCCGAUGCAACUGCAAACGUCGAAUGGAAUAAUACAGCAAGCGCAAAUUCAGCCGUCCCCGGUGACAACGUUAGCUCCUCAAACCCAACAUCUACAAGCUACCGUCACUACAAGUCAAUCCACUCCGAUUCAAACUUGGAAAAUCGAACCACAGACCACGGUUGUACAACAACAUCAACAACAACAACAACAGCCAUCCCAAGCCACGGUGAUAAAUCCUAUCAAAGGUACUACUACGGUCAAGAAUAUCAUUCCGAAAGCUCAACCACAGUUGGUGAACAAAGUGAUGCCUAAUACUAUGAUUAAAUCUAUGCCGGAUUCGGUAAACACCUCAAUGGGUCAUCAUAAAAUCAGCCUACACUCUGCAGCAUCUGCCGCAGUUUACACUACAACAACGACUAUGGCCACUACUACCAAGAUGUCGAACGUUAUGAAGCCUAUCACCAAAACCAUCAACCAUAAUAAGCCUAAAAUUGUUGCGAAACCGGUAAAACAAAAGACCAUGUUGCUUUCACCACCGCACAGUUCUCCACAGUCACCCCAAUCGAACCAACAGCAAACUAUCCAGCAAGUUGCUCAGUUCAAUCUACCCGUCAGUACUAGCUCUCAACCGCAAUUGAUCCCAAUCAAACCAAGUAUUAACAACGAAAUGCCGAUCCAACAAAUCAACAGCUCGGCAGCAAAGAUCAAUCCUACCCAGAUGAAAAAUACCUUGGAGUUCAUUCCAACCAGUCAACCUGCUAAAGGAUCUUCCCUAUUGAAGAAGCCAGAUAUGAAACCGUUUUCGCGUAACAUUUCCAACACCACGUUCUCAACUAGUCAAUCACAGCUGCUACAUCAUCAACAACAACAACAGCAGCAGCAGCAAUCCAUCCAGAUCAACGCUAUCCCUAACGCCACUUUCAAUCAAGACAUCCAGCAAGGUCAACAGCCGAAGUCUAUGCUCCCGCUGAUCGACAACAAAAAGAAACCAUCACAAAUAACUAUGUCCAUCGCAACGAGCAGCUCUCCGUCCGUACCCUCUAUUCCGGGAUCACUAUCGAUGAGCAACUCUUCGAUCACCAUCACACCAACGCAAACCGCAAGCAUCACCCUCCCGACGGCUCCCUAUCCGAUGCCACUCUACUCAAACAUUCCUACCAACGUCGUAAAUCCGAUUCAACAAUCCAUCAACAAUAGCAAUAACAACAACAACAACGCCAACAACACCACAUCCGGCACCGUUCAAAACCGUCCGACGAACCGUGUCCUUCCCAUGCAAGCUUCAACAAUCCUUCCAAAGUCGCCAGAAGUCCCACAAACACCACCGCCCUUGAAACUCCUAAACUCCAUGCCGGACAAGAUCGAAGAAAUAUCCAUCAUCCCCAGUCACACCUUCAGUCCGGAACCACCGACGUUGAAUCAAUCGCCGGGUCUCAAAAUCGGUUCUGACAAACCCCUCAAAGAAAACCGACUGGAAAUCGAAAUCAAACCAAUCGAAAUGAGUCCAGUUCUUCCGCCGAUCGAAGAUCAUGGAUUUCAUGUUCUCGAAGAACCUCCACCAGUUCAACAGCAGCUAUCACAAGAUCAACCUAUUUUCCAACUGAGCCUAAAUCUCGAUCAACACGGUUCUCUAAUCCCAAUCGAGACCACCAACUCGGUACCACUGCCACCAACGAUUGCCGAAAUCGAAAUCAAACCAAUCGUCGUCGAAUCGGAACUACCACCACCAUCCACCCCGAUGGAGAUGGAUGAAAAAAGCGAGCAAUUGCUCACGGAAACGGAAGAAAUGCUCGCCGAAACCAUGCAGGAUGAUCCGUUGGACGUCGGCAGCGUAGACUCGCCCAGUUUGAAUGACGAAUCCGAAUCGCCCGAGAUCAAGAACAAGAUUUCGGAGAUUCUGGACAAUCUUGAACAGCAGACAAACGAAGAAGAUGAGUUCAGUGAGUGUAAAGAGUCGGACAGUUCGGAACUGUUACUGAAGAUUGAAGAAGAAAACGGUUUGUGUUCGUCGUCCAGUCCAUUGAAAAGCCAAGAAGAGCAGCAAUUGGUGGACGAAUUGAACCAAGAAUUACAAGCCAGUGCCCACGCGUCUCCGGCUGGUUCUACGCACGUUUCAGAGCUGAUCAUUCCUCCGAUCUUCGAGACCGACCCCAAAAAGGACGAUGAUUCGGGGUACGAAGCGGAGCAGAAAGAGAAUCUGGAUCCGAUCUCGAACGUGGCAAGUCCUUCUCCUAGUUCCAGUAGCAAUCUUCUCACCGGAAGUGAAUACCAGUCCGAAGAACUAGUCAAACUAAAGUCCUGUCAACCAUUUUCGAUAAAACCAGUCAAAUCAAACAGCCCGAAACUAUUGUACGAGAUCCAAUCGCAGGAUGGUUUCACCUACAAAUCGACAUCGAUCGUUGAAAUCUGGGACAAGCUGUUCGAAGCUGUUCAGAUUGCACGGAAAGCGCACGGUUUGCAGCCCCUGCCGGAGGGUCAACUAGAGGAAAUGGCCGGGGUGCAGAUGUUGGGUCUGAAAACAAACGCCAUACGGUACCUGCUGGAACAGCUACCGGGUGUUGAAAAGUGCUCGCAAUACAAACCACAAUAUCACAAGAAGCUAGCAUCGGAUGGAUGUCCGAACGGAGGAGCGCCUGUGGCGUCGAUCUACGCGGAUUACUUUGACGAUAUCAAGGAGAAUCCGUUUGGAGCGGCACGGUGCGAGCCGUACAGUUCCCGGUCGGAGUAUGACAUGUUCAGUUGGCUUGCUUCGCGACAUCGGAAGCAACCGAUGCCGGUGGUGGCCCAGAACAUCGACGAUACGGUGAUUCCGAGACGUGGCAGUGGAAGCAACCUCCCGAUGGCAAUGCGCUAUAGAACCCUAAAGGAAACAUCCAAGGAAUCCGUCGGAGUCUACCGGUCGCAUAUUCACGGUCGUGGAUUGUUCUGCAACCGUGACAUCGAAGCGGGCGAAAUGGUAAUCGAAUACGCCGGCGAGUUGAUCCGUUCUACUCUGACAGACAAACGCGAACGGUACUACGACGGCCGAGGCAUCGGUUGCUACAUGUUCAAAAUCGAUGAAAACUUCGUCGUAGACGCGACGAUGCGUGGCAAUGCAGCACGUUUCAUUAAUCAUUCGUGCGAGCCGAACUGCUACUCGAAGGUCGUUGACAUACUGGGCCACAAGCACAUCAUCAUCUUUGCACUCCGGCGCAUCGUCCAGGGGGAGGAGUUAACGUACGACUACAAGUUUCCCUUCGAGGAUGUCAAAAUCCCGUGCUCUUGCGGAUCGAAAAAGUGUCGCAAAUAUUUGAACUAAAUGUGCGGGGGAGCGUCGAAGAAAAAAGGACAUCGGGUGACGACACGAUCAAAGCAAUAUGUGACCGUCAAUACAGGAGAUAAAAAGGAAUUUUGCAUGAAACUACCAAAGGUGCUGUUAAGAAAUGGGAUUAUAGACGUGACAUCGUGAUAUUUAGAAUCCAUCACACAUAAGGGCAAUCGCAGUCGAUUGUGUUGUUCGUAAAGAAGGCCAUACAAGGUGAAAUGUUUCCUUUUAACGAAUCUGAAACGUACAGUUGUUGUGUGUUUGUAGAUUUAUUGGAAUAUCAUAUAGUAUCUCCAGAAUGUGUAUUAUAGAUAAUUGCUAAGUGAGUAUCAGCCCAGUAACUGCUAGCUGUGCAAAUGAAGCUUGUAAUUGUAGGUUGCAGUACGCGAGGUCAAACAUUGAAUCCUUUGCACUGUAAAUAGGUAGAUGUCUGAGUGUGCUUAACCUCUCUGUCUCUGUAGCAGAUUUCGCAAUAGACAAACAAACAUACACACAUUUUACUACGUGGUGAUAAAGUUAAACCGUUUUAGCAGGAACAUUUUGACGGAGACCAUCCCAAAUCGAAGACCGAUUUUCCGAGCUUGGUAAAAUUGCGUUCAAACUUUUUGGACUGCGUUUGGAAAAUGAAACUAAAUACAUGCAUCUAGGGAAGUUGAC